GUCCGCUGGCCCACCGCACCCACUGGAGGCUGGAUGCUGCCCGUGAAGCUGCUGGAGCAUCUUCCCUCAUCUGUUCCCCAACGACCCGCUCCCGCUCCAGGGAACAACACCGAGGCAGAGCCGGGGCAGACAUGGGCUGCAGGCGGGGAGGGAGCCUCCAUCCGUCGCUGAGUUAGCUCUUGAUUCACCCUUUGUGUUAUAAAUCCAGCAGCACAGACGCACACAGACGCACACAGACGCACCAUGGCCAAACAGUACGAUGUGCUGUUCCGACUCCUGCUGCUCGGAGACUCCGGGGUCGGGAAAACAUGUUUGUUGUGCAGAUUCACGGACAACGAGUUUCACCCGUCCCACAUCUCCACCAUCGGCGUCGACUUCAAAAUGAAGACACUACUAAUAGAUGGUAUCAAAGUGCGGGCACAGAUAUGGGACACUGCCGGUCAGGAGAGAUACCAGACCAUCACCAAGCAGUACUACAGACGAGCACAGGGAAUCUUUCUGGUGUACGAUAUCACGAGUGAGCGAUCCUUCCAGCACAUCAUGAAAUGGGCCAGUGACGUGGACGAGUACGCUCCUGAAAAGGUCCAGAAGAUCCUCGUAGCGAACAAGUCGGACGAGGUGGACAAACGGCAGGUGGCCACGGAGCAAGGCAUCAAGUUGGCCAAGGCUUAUGGAAUGGACUUCUUUGAGACAAGUGCCUUCACCAACCACAACAUAGCAGAGUCUUUCACCAGAUUGGCUGAACAGGUGCUGGCGGCCAAUAAGAAGGACCUGGAUCUUCUCCGGAUGUCGGAUAAUGACGAGCUGGACCUUACCGCUCUGGAGGAAGAGGAGGGACUCUGCGGCGGCGCGGCGGACGACCAACGCAAAGGCUGCUGGUGUUAAAGUGACCGUGUGGACAGCGUGAUUGUUUUUUUUGUUUUUUGGGUUGAAUAUACGUCAUCGCCACACACUUUGGACACUCCUGGAAAAAAAAUGUCCUUUGGUAAUUGGCUUCUGUAGGUCCCUCUGUUUGCCGCAGCGUCAGGUUCAAGGACAAACAUUUUGCCACAUGGUGCCAAGUGUGUGGUGAAUCAACCAAGUGAAGGUCCAAAUGUCCAGGUUUCCACUCGGUGGCUCCGAAAUUUUCAUUUUGUUUCAGAAGCACCAGUUCCUGCUCAGUUCCGUUCAGCGUAUAUCUUUGAUGUAACCAAAUACAAUCUCUGUCCAGUAAAAAAAAAAAAAAAUCAGCGGCAAACAUACAAAACGUCCUGAAGAGCUGCAAAACCACGUCUCCAUCAUCUUUUCUUCAGACUUUACACGGAUGUAUAGAGGAUGUAUAGAGGAUAGGGAACGACUUGAAACUUCACCACUGACUUGAAAUCAUCUUUCUCAAUUCUCUCUUCUUCGAUAUGCCUUGCAAACCAACAGAGAGAUUGAUUCUCCGGCCCCUUUUAGCGUUUCUCCCCCUCAUAGCCUUCCCACCAACCGAAUGCAGUAGAUGUAGUGUAAGGAAACUACCACAAGAGGGUGCUACGUUAAUUGCAGAAAUUGCUCCGUGCUCAGUGUGACGUUAUACCAGUGCACUGAUUCUUCUUCUCUCAUGUUUCUGACCUCGGUUACACUUGAAGGGAAGGGGUUAUUAACAUAUGCAGCCAUUGUAUUGUUUUGCAUGAUGUCGACAUCUUGAUGUUGGGGACACGGGCGGGAGAAGUAUUUCAUUUCUCUGUAGCAAAACUGAGGAUCAUCUUUUUUGUUUAUAGUCUCAGAAAAUAUAGGUGCACAUCACUGCAUUGUACAUACCAGGUUUUCCACAGCAUUGUAGAUGAGGAUGCAUCAUUAAUUUGAUAUAUUACCAUUAGAGGGCUGUAUUUAAAAACCCUGCAGUGGUAUUCUAGAUUGGUUUUGAGAUAUUCCCUCUGUUAAUAUAAUAAUGUCUUGGUCAUUCUGUCCUCGCUGUGUUGUACAGAGUCCAGUGGAGAUGCCAUUUCUCUUCUCUCCCCCCCCCCAGAUUUAACAAAGGGACAAGUGAGAGUUCUGCAUGUGAUUCAAUCGUCUUUCCUUUCUGUUAUUGCAACUUCAGUGAAGUUAAUAAUCAGCCGGCCACAUCGCAAAGCAGAGCAUUUGACCAGAGUUGCCUGUCGGAGACUUGCACCCACAAGGAACCAAUCGUAGGAAAAACUUUGGCUUCUUUUUGCAAUGAAAUGCAACUCGAAAACAACAGUUUGAUGUGAAAUGACUGGACUGGAUGCACAAUCUGUGGUUUUCAAGAACUUCUUUACCCUCUUCUCUUUUAGACUAAUUGUAUUUGUGCAGAUAUAUUACAUGCAACAUGUUAUUCCUGGAGAAAAGAUGUCAGAUGUUUAUGAAUAAAUACUUCUGUAAUAUAUGA